AUUUUUUAAAUAAAUAAAGUUUUUUUGGUCUUAUGUAAUAAAUUAAUUGUAUAUUAAAAAGAUAACAAUUAAUGUAUAAGCUAAAUCUUGGUUGGAUAUAAUAUGCACCAAUCGUUUAACUUUAGAGACAUUUUUAGUGAAAAUGAUAAUACAGUGUUUUCGAAUAGAGCGCCGAAUUUGUCAAUAUUUAACAAAGAAUGCAUCCAAGACGUAAACAUGGAGGUAGAGGCGAAAGUUCUCAACCUGGUGGAUCACAUUUUGAACGUGGUAAUCGAACAAGAGGUAGAGGACAAGGACAUCCACCUUGGUUAUCUGGAAAAGAGAUAGGACUUUAUUAUAGAGAUAAGGCUAAAGCAAAAGCUAAACAAAAGGAAUCUCGAGUUAAAUUACCUUUACAUGUUCAAGAAAAAAUAAAAAAUGUACUAGAAAAUUCUAAAGAUUAUUAUGAUAAAUUAUAUAACAAUGCAUAUACUGAAGUUACAUAUGGCACAUUGGAAAAUAAAUAUAUACAUAUUCAUGACUCUCAGUUUAAAAGAAAGUUCAUGAACAUGGUAUCUGGUAACAUACAAGAAAAUCUUGCCAAAGCUUUAAUGGUUAAAUCAAAAUUAGAAAGAGACAUUGAGUUAGAUACCAAGUUAAUAGCUGAAUAUAAGGCAAAACAAUCUUUACAGAAAUAUAUGGAUAUGAUAAAAGUCAGAUCAAAGUUACCAUCAUAUAAAAAAAAAUCAGAGAUAUUAGAAUUAAUUAAAGAAAAUCAAGUUAUUGUAAUAAGUGGAGAAACUGGUUGUGGAAAGACAACACAGGUUGCUCAGUUUAUAUUGGAUGAACAAAUAGAAGAAGGUAAUGGUAGUAUUACAAGAAUUAUUUGUACUCAACCUAGAAGAAUAUCGGCUAUAUCUGUUGCUGAAAGAGUAGCAACUGAAAGAGCAGAAAAUCUUGGUAAAUCUGUUGGUUUUCAAAUUCGGCUUGAGAAAAUAUUGCCAAGAGAGAGAGGUAGUAUACUAUUUUGUACUACUGGAAUGCUAUUGCAAUUUUUACAAGGUGAUCCUGCUUUAAAAGAAUUUUCUCAUAUUAUAUUAGAUGAAAUUCAUGAACGAUCUACAGAAAGUGAUUUUGUUCUUGCUUUGUUGAAAUUAAUUAUUCCUAAAAGACCUGAUUUAAAAAUCCUCUUAAUGAGUGCAACACUUAAUUCUGAAAGAUUUUCAAAAUAUUAUGAUGAUUGUCCGAUGAUUCAUAUUCCAGGUUUUACUUAUCCAGUAGAAGAAUUUUAUUUAGAAGAUAUUUUAAUGCUUACAGAAUUUAAAUUUCCUGCAGCAGCUGCAUUGCCUCAAGAUUAUAGAAAGCAUACAAAAAAAUAUAAACAAGUACAACAAAAAAGAGAUGAAUUUCAUGAUGUGCUAGAUCCUUACAUACGACAGCUUAUAGCUGAGAAAAAGUAUCCAAGAGAAGUGAUUGAUCAAUUACGGAAUCCGUACAGUGAAAUGAUGUCUCUUGAUCUUAUAGAACAAUUAAUUAGGCAUAUUUGUAGAACAAAAGCUCCUGGAGCUAUUUUAGUUUUUCUUCCUGGUAUGAUGGAUAUAACAAAGUUAAAUAGAAUGAUGUUAGAUACUGGAUGCUAUUCACAAAGUCAUUAUGUUAUUUAUCCUCUUCACUCUCGUAUGCCAACUAUUGAUCAAAAACUCAUAUUUAAGGAACCACCUAAAGGAGUUCGAAAAAUUAUAAUUGCUACUUCUAUAGCUGAAACUUCUAUAACUAUUGAAGAUGUAGUAUAUGUUAUUGAUUGUGGAAAAAUGAAAUUUGGUAAAUUUGAUAUUCAAAAAAAUAUCCAAACUUUGGAACCUGAAUGGGUAUCACUAGCUAAUGCUAAACAGAGAAGAGGUAGAGCAGGCAGAGUAAAACCUGGUAUUUGUUAUCAUUUGUAUUCUAAAGCUAGAGAGAUGACACUAGAUCAAUAUCCAUUGCCUGAAAUGUUAAGAGCGCGUUUAGAGGAAGUCAUUUUGCAAAUAAAAAUUUUACAAUUAGGAAAAGCUAGAACUUUUUUGGCUAGUGUUAUGGAUCCUCCAAGUUCAAAAGCUAUAGAUUUGUCUUUGGAUCUACUUCAAACUUUAAAUGCAUUAGAUGAUGAGGAACAUUUGACUCCUUUAGGAUAUCAUUUAGCUCAAUUACCAUUAGAUCCACGAACAGGUAAUAUUUUUAUAUAUUAACUAUUAUUUUCAUGUGUAGAGCCAGUUUUUGCAAUUGCAGCCAGUCUUAGUUUUAAAGAUGCAUUUUAUUGUCCUCUUGGAAAAGAAGAUCAAGCACAUCAAAAGAAACUUGAAUUAAAUAUGGGACAAUUCAGUGAUCAUAUUGCAUUAUCUGAGGCAUUAACAGGAUUUGAGCUUGCAUACAAAAGAGGUUAUGCAAGCUCUUUUUGUAGAGAAUAUUUUCUUUCUUUUAAUACACUCAAACUUCUUUCUGAAAUGAAAACUCAGUUUGCCCAACAUUUGUUUCAAAUGAAAUUUAUGGAAACAGAAAAUCCAAGCGAUAGUAAUGCUAAUAAGAAUUCUAAAAAUACAAUGUUAGUAAAAGCAAUAGUAUGUGCUGGAUUGUAUCCCAAUGUUGCUAUUAUUAAAAGAGUUACAAAAAAUGGAACACUUGCAUGGACUCCAGAAGAUGGAAGUGUUGCUGUACAUCCAUCAAGUGUAAACGAUAAAGUUAAGAAGUUUCCUAGUCCAUUUAUUACAUAUUUUACAAAGCAAUUAUCAACAGCAAUAUAUUUACAUGAUACUACAUGCGUUACUGCACCAAUUUUAUUAUUUGCUGCUCCAAAUAUGACUAUAAAAAAAGAAAAAGGAAAUUAUUUUAUUAGUUUAGCAAGUAGUCAAAACUUUGCAUGCGACUUGCAAACUGCACAACUUAUUCAGAAAUUACAAGAACAAUUUAAUAAUAUGUUAGAAUAUAAAAUAACACAUCCAGGAAUAGUACGUUGGAAUAGCUUUGAAGGUGAUUUAUUAAAUGCUAUUAUAGAUCUGGUUUGUCAAAAAGAUGAGGAAAUGGGAUUUUGCAAUUCUAAUAUUCAAAACUGUGAAGAUAAUAUAUAUGAUGACGUUUGAAUACAAUAUAAUGAAUUUCGAUAAUAAUUGCUUUAGAAUAUAUUAAAAUAGCUAGAGUAACUUGAAUUUUUAAUGCCCUUUUUCAUUGUCUGAAUUAAAUAAAUACCUAAGACAUUCAAAUGAAAUAAUUCAUCGACUAAACUAUAAUUUAAUUAUAGUUAUAAUAGAUAUAUCAAAAAUAUCAGUUUUGUAAUAUAUAUUCAGAAAAUAAAAUUUUUGAAAACAAAA